GCUGAGGAGAAAUAGGCGCGCGGUGGCACAAAGAGGCCGCCCCCCCCACUGCCCGCCGCCAGCACGGCGCUUCUUCUCUGGCCUUGACGGGCUGAAUGGAAGGCGGCAGCCAGCGUGGAGCGGCUGAGGCCUCCUUUUGGAUGACCAAUGUGUAUCUUCAGUGAUGAUGUCAGACACUUACCCAGCCAUUCCCUGCCCAUUCCAGUUGUUACAGACUCAUAUGAUGCAAAAGCUGCAAUUCAGGAUCCCAAAAACAUUGCUUUUAAAACUGUCUAGAUGAUUGUCGUUGCUUUGGUUGUGUUCUAUGCGAGCAGGAGCCUUCUCCAAGGUUUACGGCUGACCCUUGAACAGCACAUUCCCUGUUUGCUGCAAACCUUGGGGGCUAGCAGCAUGGGCAACUCCUGUGUUUGUCGGGAAGACAGUGGGGUAGAAGACAAUACAGAAUCCAGAAGUCGCCAGACAGAGAACAGCAGAGUGCCUGUAUCGGACUCCAGGAGCCACCCAAGGGACCCAGUGAGGCCCCCCCGGCGGGGACGGGGGCCACAUGAACCAAGAAGGAAAAAACAUAACGUGGAUGGAUUAGUACUUGACACGCUAGCAGUAAUUCGGACGUUGGUAGACAAUGAUCAGGAACCUCCUUAUUCAAUGAUGACUUUGCAUGAAAUGGCUGAAACAGAUGAAGGCUGGCUGGAAGUUGUCCAAUCCUUAAUUAGAGUUAUUCCAUUAGAAGAUCCCUUGGGACCAGCUGUUAUAACUUUGCUUUUGGAUGAGUGUCCAUUGCCAACGAAAGAUGCAUUGCAGAAGUUAACGGAAAUAUUAAGUUUAAGUGGAGCUGUUGCUUGCCAGGAUGCCUGUCAUCCUGCCAAACACCGGAACACAACAGCAGUACUAGGCUGUUUGGCAGAAAAACUUGCAGGCCCUGCAAGUGUAGGUUUACUCAGCCAAGGGAUCUUGGAAUACUUGCUGCAGAGCUUGGAGUUCCAGUCCCACCCAACCGUAAUGCUUUUUGCACUAAUAGCCCUGGAAAAGUUUGCACAAACAAGUGAAAAUAAAAUGACAGUUUCUGAAACGUGCAUCAGUGACCAGCUAGUCUUGUUAGAGAAAUGGACAGAUAACCCAGACUACUUAAAACGCCAAGUUGGAUUCUGUGCCCAGUGGAGUUUAGACAAUCUAUUUUUGAAAGAAGGCAGGCAGUUUACAUACGAGAAAGUUGACUUGACCAACAUAAAUGCCAUGCUGAAUAGUAACGAUGUCAGUGAAUACCUUAAGAUUUCACCACGUGGGUUGGAGGCCCGAUGUGAUGCGUCGUCUUUUGAAAGCGUUCGAUGUACUUUCUGUGUGGAUUCUGGAGUUUGGUACUAUGAAGUCACAGCCAUUACUUCUGGGGUGAUGCAGAUAGGAUGGGCUACCAAAGACAGCAAAUUCCUCAAUCAUGAAGGUUACGGUAUCGGGGACGAUGAGUACUCCUGUGCAUACGAUGGCUGCCGGCAGCUGAUUUGGUAUAAUGCCAGAAGUAAACCACAUUCCCACCCGUGCUGGAAGGAAGGUGAUACAAUAGGAUUUUUGCUGGACCUGCAAGACAAGAAAAUGAUCUUUUAUUUAAAUGGGAACCAGCUUCCUGCUGAGAAACAAGUCUUUUCUUCUGCUGUGUCUGGCUUCUUCCCUGCAGCUAGUUUCAUGUCUUAUCAACAGUGUGAGUUCAACUUUGGAGCAAAACCUUUCAAAUAUCCACCAUCAGCUAAAUUUAGCACCUUUAAUGACUAUGCCUUCUUGACAGCAGAAGAGAAAAUCAUUUUACCAAGACAUAGACGACUGGCCUUGCUAAAGCAAGUAAGCAUUCGAGAGAAUUGCUGCACUCUUUGCUGCGAUGAAAUAGCAGACACAGAACUCAGGCCAUGUGGUCACAGUGACUUGUGCAUGGAGUGUGCCUUGCAACUAGAGACCUGCCCUUUGUGUCGACAAGAAAUACAGACUCGGGUCCGACAGAUCGCUCACAUUUCAUGACACGUGGGGAACUGUAACUCGUGAACUUCCCUCUGAUCCAUUCCAUUCAGCGCUAGAAGGGAGAAAGGCAGCUCUGACCGAGCCACACACAAGCUGAGAGCCCCAACUGUGGCCCACUUUCACACUGAACAGUAGACGGAAACCUGUUAAGUCGCCCUGCUGCCUCAGAGCUGUGGAAUGUUCUUUUAGCAGAAACGAAAGUUGGCAGUGAGACUUGAGCUACCUGUUGGUUUGUCUCCAACCAAGGUGGCUGGAGAGUCUGCCUCUUAAGUUUGUCCCCUGUCUGCUCUUCCCAUUUCCUUUCUUCCGCUGCUCCUUCCACUUGCCCAUCACAUGUCAACAGUUUUGCACUGGAAACAUAAGGCUCAUAAUUUCCUCUAAUGGGGGCAUAUCUGUCUUCUAAAGCCUUUUUUUCAGCAGCCAUCACAUGUUUAAAAACAACACCAAUAUUUCUUGGUCAAUGUAGCUUCCUGCUGGUCAGAGACCCUCUGUAUUUUGGACUGUUGACCUGAAAAUGUUCAGACUUGAAUUCUACAUGAAGAAACUGAUUUGUAAAGGAGGUGUUGAGAUUCUAGAAGAAUCCAAAUUUUUUUUGAUAACUCUGUGAUUCCAAAGAACAUUGAUUCUUCCACUACCACCACCUUUUUUUUAAAACUGCAGAAAACUGCAUUUUCAUUCAUAGUGUUUCUAGUUCCUUCAAUUUCAGUACCUACAUUGUUGUCAAAAAAGAAGUGAUUUUUCAGGAGGGAUUCUUAUAACUACAGUGCCAGACUGGAGAUAGCUUGUUAUUCUGGGUAUUUUAAAAGGUACCAUUGAUUUCUCUCUCUCUCUUUUUAAAUUCAGUAUUUGUUCUUGCAAGUUCUGUACGUUUUGAAAGUAUUGGGCUAUAGAACUCAAGAUCUGGAAAGAAAAUGUGGAGAAACUCUGUUAAUAUUGUUUUGAAAGAAAUACAUGUUGUUUGAAUAGCAAGUCAGCCUAGGUUGACUAAACUACCAUUUCAUUUACAUAGGCUCUAACAAACUUAGUCUGCCAAGCUCAUGCCUAUCCACUUGGCAAAACAUGUGAGAAGGAGGGACACACAGUGCAACUUCUAGGGUUGCACAAACCAAUAUCAAAAAGCUCAUGGGGCAAUGUGCAUAUUGUGCCUCUGUGCAAGUGCAGAAAAAUCACUGAAAUCAGCUGUGUGAGAAUCUCAGCCUUAAAAGAAAGUAAGUUUCUAGUUAUGGUUGCAAGGUACCUUUGAAAGGGUAUGUGAAUAAUGUCUGUUGAAUUCUUAAGAUGUCUAGACAUUGUUGAAUCACAUUUCCAGUGGUUCAGGAUGGGGCUUCAGUUUCCCGUCUUAAUUUAUAGAGUGCUGAAUCCAGCUUUUCUUGAUUCAUUAAAAACAAAAAGCAGUUGCAACAA